UCCAUAAUACGAAUCUUGCAAAUCUGUUUGUAAAGUUUUAGCCACAAAAUGGAAAGCUGGCUGAGGCACACGUGGUUUCACUGCUGUUAUAAACUAUCGUUAUCUAGACUACUAGGCCUUGUGCAUCGUAAACAACUGGUACACAGGUGUCUCUACACAGCUGUCCCACUAUAACCGUGAAAGGAUGUCGGUGAAGAUAGGCAUUAUUGGUGGAUCAGGACUUUCCAACCCAGACAUUUUGAAAAAUGGAGUUGAACAGGAAGUUGAAACACCAUUUGGAAAGCCAUCUGACUCCCUGAAGACAGGCGAUAUUGCUGGAGUGCCAUGUGUGCUAUUAGCGAGACAUGGACGUUCCCACUCCACCAUGCCCACCAACGUCAACUACAGGGCUAACGUAUGGGCUCUCAAACAGGUCGGAUGUACCCAUCUUGUGGUAACCACUGCAUGCGGGUCCCUACAGGAAAACAUACACCCUGGUGAAAUUGUAAUUCUGGAUCAGUUCAUCGACAGAACACAGAAAAGAAUACAGACAUUUUUUGAUGGGUCAGAAAAUGCCCCACCUGGUAUUUGUCACAUGCCUAUGGCUAAACCUUUUUGUGGCAGAACAAGUCAGAUUUUGUAUGACUGUGCAAAAGAGCUUUCCAUAAGUUGUCAUAAAGGGGGAACCAUGCUGACUAUAGAAGGGCCUCGAUUUUCUUCUGAAGCUGAGAGCAAACUCUUCCGUUCUUGGGGAGCUCAUUGUGUAAACAUGACUACAGUACCAGAGGUUGUGUUGGCGAAAGAAGCAGGACUUUCUUAUGCAGCGAUAGCUUUGGUUACAGAUUAUGACAGCUGGAGAGAAGACACUGAAUCUGUCAAUGUUGAAAAUGUCAUGAAGACCUUCAAGUUGAAUGCUGCUAAUGCACAGAAUGUGCUACUGAAGGCCAUUCCAAUGAUAGGCCAGCAGGACUGGAGCGACACAAUACAGGCUAAUGAGGAUAUGGUGAAGUCGAACACCAUGUUACCACACUCUUACUGAGGAGGGAACCAAUCGCUACCACACUCUUACUGAGGAGGGAACCAAUCGCUACCACACUCUUACUGAGGAGGGAACCAAUCGCUGACUUCAAGAAAAUGCAACAUUUUUAAUCAGAUUCUGCUAGAAAUCAAUCUCUGUGAUAUUUAAUUAAGACAAAUUUCACUGCAGUGUUGACCAAUGAAUGCAGUUUUUAUAAACAA